AACGCACUGUUGCUUGUGGCCAUUGUGUAGACGGGCAAAGAAACCAAACAGCGACUAAAACAUGCGAUUACUCUCACAGUGCCCACUUAGGAAUGAAGCUUUCAACACAAAAGUCGGUACACUCCAGUCGUAACUACAUACUUAUACAUGCGCAAAUUAAAAAAGAAAUAAAUAAAUAAAAGUAGUCGUCGAACAAAAAAGUUUUCGCAACAAUCAUGAAUAGCUCUAUCUAGUACAGAAUUCUCAAAUGAAAGAAAACAAAAAUGUAUUAAAAGCAUUUGAAUGCUAGCGCUCUUUGGAUUAGAUGAGCGUAUCGCGACGCCAGAUACGCUUAAAGCGCGCGUCCUACGAUUUAGUCGGUGUUAGGACAGUAUCGAAAAAAGUCUAGUGCCUUUUGCUUGGUUGGUUGUUGGUUAGGAGAAGAGUAUUUUAAUUGCCAUACACAAACCACCAAAUCUUUGUGUCACAACUAAUUACUUACAUUUGAACAGGCGGUGCUGAAAAUAUUAAAAACAAAAACAAAAGUCUAGUGAGAGUUUGUGCAGAAACAUCAUACAUACAUACAUAAAAAUAAGUAUAUGACUUUAGGUGCGCGCUUUGCCAAAAUUGAAGGACAUUUGUGUGGACAAGGCGUAGUGGAGAGGUAGCAAAAUAGUUUGGAUAUGGAGCGUAUAUUGCGUGGUAUCAUGCGUUAUCGGAACACGACGCGUGAACAAAUGGUGAAGGAAUUCCAAAAAGUUCGUGAUCAUCCCGAGCCCAAGGCCGUUUUCUUCACUUGCAUGGACAGCCGUAUGAUACCGACGCGUUACACGGAUACGCAUGUUGGUGAUAUGUUUGUAGUGCGUAACGCCGGAAACGUGAUACCGCAUGCACAACACUUUCAAGAUGAGUACUUUAGCUGCGAACCAGCCGCACUGGAAUUGGGCUGUGUCGUCAAUGAUAUACGACACAUUAUUGUGUGCGGCCAUAGUGACUGCAAGGCCAUGAAUUUACUGUACAAAUUGCAAUGUGAGGACUACUCGUCGCAACUCAAUCGUCGACUGUCGCCGCUUCGUUCCUGGAUGUGGACACAUGCCAACAGCAGUCUGGAACAUUUCAAGGCAUGGCGAGACGACGGCAUGCAAGGCCCUUUGAUAUUCUCUUCUGAAACGCCACUACGUCGUUUUGUCGCUUAUAUUGAUCCGGAGGAUAAGUUUGCCAUGGAAGAUAAAUUGUCACAGAUCCACACGCUGCAGCAGUUGUCAAAUGUAGCCUCGUACGGCUUUUUAAAACCGCGCCUCGAAUCGCAUGAUUUGCAUGUACACGCCUUGUGGUUUGACAUAUACACUGGUGACGUAUAUUAUUUCAGUCGUGGCGCAAAACGUUUCGUGCCGGUGGAUGAGGGUUCAGUUGGAAAGUUGACGGAGGAGGUGCGUCGCUACUACUCAUGACGAUCUUAAUGUACGCCUGCAGAAGGGAGGUAUACGCCAAACGACGAAAUGAUGCUGACUGUGAUAGGAAUUUGAAUAUGUUGCAUGUUGAAUGCAACAACAAAAUGCUACUAGCCAAUUUAAAACGAAAAGGAAAAUAGUUUCCGAUAUGCACUACAUGAUUUUCUAUGUAUGUAUGUAAAUAGGGUUAAGUGCAUUAAACAUGUUUUUGUCGUAUUUUGUUAUUUGCUAGUUAAAAAAGAAAUAAAAUACAUGUAUGUUUAUGUAUGUACAUGUGUAUGAAUUACUUUUAAGAAUCAAAAGAAGCGCUUAUAUAGUUGUAAAAAGUAUUUAUUAACCACUUACAUUAAUGUAUAUGUAGAUAUCGUAUUGUAUUAGCUUUACACAUCAUUGUAGCUAUAAAAAUAUGUGGCAUAUAUGAAGACAUUUCUGUACUGUAAACAUUAAUUUAUAUAAUAAAGAGUGCAAAAUCUUAUAACUUUCA